AUGUCCAGCACUGAACAGGAGAUCUGCUCUGUGUAUGCGGCCUCCACCCAGGACGUCGACACAGCCGUCAAGGCCGCCCGCGCCGCCUUUCGGAACCCGUCGUGGAAGCGCCUGUCAGGUACCGAGCGCGCGGCUAUGAUGUACCGUCUGGCCGACCUUGUGGGCCAAAAUGCGGAGCUGCUGGCAACUAUCGAGGCGCUCGACAACGGCAAGCCGUAUACGGUAGCCUUGAACGAGAACGUGCCCGAGCUGGAGAAUGUGCUGCGGUACUACGCGGGCUAUGCCGAUAAGAACUUUGGGCAGGUUGUUGAUGUUGGGCCCAGCAAGAUGGCCUACACAGUCAAGGAGCCCCUGGGUGUUUGCGGGCAGAUUAUCCCUUGGAACUUCCCGCUCGACAUGGCAGCCUGGAAGCUUGGUCCGGCACUGUGCUGCGGCAACACUGUGGUACUGAAGCUGGCCGAGCAGACCCCGCUCUCCAUGCUCUACGUGGCGCAGCUGGUUCGAGAAGCUGGUUUCCCGCCCGGCGUGGUCAAUGUUAUCAACGGUCACGGCCGCGAGGCGGGCGCGGCGCUCGCCUCGCACGAGGGUGUCGACAAGAUUGCGUUUACGGGCAGCACGGCCACGGGCCGCGAGGUGAUGAAGCUGGCCGCCGGCACGCUCAAGAACAUCACGCUCGAAACGGGUGGCAAGUCGCCGCUGCUCGUGUUCGAGGAUGCGGAUCUCGAGCUGGCGGCAAAGUGGGCACACAUUGGCAUCAUGGGCAACCAGGGCCAAGUGUGCACGUCGACGUCGCGUAUUUUGGUGCAUGAGGCCGUGUACGACCAAUUUGUCACGCUCUUUAACCGCGCCGUUGAGCACGUGUCUGUCGUGGGCGACCCCUUUGAUCCCAACACGUUCCAAGGCCCGCAGGUAACGCGCGCACAAUACGAGCGAGUGCUCAGCUAUAUUCAGGCGGGCCGUGACGAGGGCGCCACGGUGGCAAUGGGCGGCGUGCCCGUGGCCGGGCCGCUGUCGGAAGCAACAGAGAACGGCGCGCCAAGCAAGGGCUUUUUCGUGGCGCCAACGGUGUUUACAAAUGUGAAGCCGACCAUGAAGAUUUACCGCGAGGAAAUCUUUGGUCCGUGCGUGGCGAUCGCCGCCUUCAAGACAGAGGGCGAGGCGGUCGACAUGGCCAACGAUACGACAUACGGGCUCGGUGCAGCGCUCUUUACGCGCAAUUUGGUACGGGCACACCGUGUGGCGCGGGAGAUUGAGGCCGGCAUGGUGUGGAUCAACAGCUCCAACGAUUCCGACUUUCGCGUACCGUUUGGCGGAGUCAAGCAGUCGGGCAUCGGCCGCGAACUCGGCGAGGCCGGGCUGGCGGCAUACAGCAACAUCAAGAGCAUCCACCUCAACAUGGAGGCUACAUAG